AAGUCUUUCACAAAGAAACAAAGUAACCACCAAGCAGCGAACGGCUGUCUGGCGUCGCAGAGCGCUUUUUCUCACUGAUCAUCAUGUGCACCUGGAGAACAUUAUCAAGAGGAGCCCAAGAGUUCCAGGCACAUGCGAAUGGGUCAUUCAUGAUGACCGCUACCGUACCUGGCUGGUCAGCAAUAACACUCAUGUCUCACGGCUGUUAUUUAUCUCGGGUGAUCCCGGCGUGGGGAAGACAACGUUAUCAACAUUUCUUCUCGAGGAACUGCAGAGACAUAUUUCAACAAUGGGUCAUACAGAUGUGGUGUUUUUCUUCUGCGAUUACAGAGACAACCAGCGCAACACAUGUACUGCAGUGCUCUAUGGGCUUAUAAGACAGAUUAUCACGAAACGCCCAGGGCUAGAAGAGCAGGUGUAUUCACAUAUUGCAAUAUUGGAAGAGGUCCAUCAAAAACUUGAGAAGCUAGAGAGACCCAAAGAAACGUUGGAGAUUCUGAACGUGUUGUGGCAAAUCUUUGCUGGAUUGGUCACCUCUGUGGAGCUGGGCACGAUAUUCUGCGUAAUUGACGGACUCGAUGAGUGCGAGCCAAGAAACUUCAUGGAGGUACAAGUAGAUCAGAGGGACAGGUCCUUUCUUUUAGAGACAUUGACACAUGUUGCGUCUUUGUUUCUUCACCAGGAAGAUUGGGACGGGAAUCUGGAUCUACCUGCAGAUGUAAGAAAACGCCUUGCUUUGUUCGUUCGGUACAACAACGAUUGGAACAGGACCACAUCAGACAAAGACAUUGUUGCAGAAGUAAGGAAACGUCUUGUGGUGUUGGUUCAUAAUCAGGAAGAUUGGAACAGAAUUCGGGAUAUAUCAGUGGAAGAUAUCGUUAAAAAAAUAAAGAAAUCUCUGGUAUUUUUGGCCAAUGACGAGAAAAUUUGGGACAGGAAUCAGGAUCCAUUCGAUCAUGAGUCUGAUCGAGCUUCUGUUAUAUCUCAAACGGAUUCAAUUUGGUCAUCAGCAUCUCUGGGCUCUGCAGCGACCGGUAUCUCAGCUGCUAGUGGCUACAGUGCCAUGGAAAUUGAAACGGCCACAAACGAGCUACUGCGCAUCUUCCUUGAGCACGAACACCUGACGACGCUAUAUGAAACUGCUCUUAAACGAAAUAGCAUCGGACCAGAUAGACUACAGAGAAAUGUUCGGCGGUUACUAAAAGCGUUUGCUCGAGACCUGCAGACGACUGCUGAUACAGAGCUUAAAAGACUGGCAGCACGCCUUGUCUCUAUCAAGGCUACUUACGUUGCUCGAUCAGUGAUUGAAAAGCAUCAAAUUUUACGAUUUCUGAAUGUAAGAGGAAAUCCCAAUCCAAUGGAUUCAUACCAGAAAAGUGGUGAAGGCUUGGGCAAGGAAGAUGACGAGGACGAGAAGGAAGUGGAGGACAACGACAACGAUGAGUACGAGGGAGAAGACCCAGAAAAUCACGUCGACGAAGACCUUAUUCAAGACUUGUCGGAUUUUCGACAUUUUUUAACAGACGGGGAAGCCUUUGCGCUAUUUCAAAGAAAGCUUGAAGCGUUCGUGCUGAAUAAGCCUAUCGAAGAAAAGGGCAGCGGGGAGAAAAAGGUACAAUUGCCGAAUCAGAUGCCGAGUCUAGUACCUGAAGUAGAUUUUCCUAUCGAAUUCGAGGAAGGAUUCAUUGAAGAGCGGUAUCAUCGGACAAUUUUGAGUCGGAGUCAAGCGGCGCUUGAGAACCUGUUGAUUGUAGUAGGCUUUUUGGAGCCGCCUCUCGAGCCUGGGAUGAUUCGUGUGAGAUGGAGAUGUAGAUGUGGGGAAAGCUUCUUCGGUGAUGCGACGGAGUACCGUCACAACGGGAUCCAUGAACUCACUAGCAGGAUGAGCCGUUCCACAGGUGCCAAUAUCACUACAACUUCGUAUAGUAAGACAUCUACAAACCAAAACUGGAACUUCAAAUUACCUAAUUGGGUACGACGGUUUACCAUCACUUCUUCUUCGGCUAAAGCAGCGGCCCCUAACUCUGGAGGGGGUUUACCGCAGUACAACGCUCGCAACCAUUCUGCCCCUUCAACCUCGUCAGCCCCGACUACAAACACACCGACAAAUUCAAACGCUAGGCUACAUCUUCUAGCCUGUGCGCACCGAAAUGAACGGCGGAAGUGCCUUUUACAAGAUCCCAUCAAUUCUGUAUCCACGGAUCGGGCCUUAUUUUGCUUCAUGAAACAGCAAAUUCGGCGCAAUCAUAGUCGUUUUCGAAAUAUCCUAACAAUGAGGAGUAUACAAGGAAUGUUCUUUGUCAAGUUUCGCCUUCGUAUGGGCAACAACGUCGAGGUUAGAGACCAUAAUCCAUGCUGUACCUCAACGAAUCCAGCCAUUUGUGAGUGCAUACCUCCAAAACCAAAGGUCGAACCAUCCCAGGACGCCGAAUAUCGCUGUUCACCAGCUGGCCCUCUCGCAACAUGGCCCCCAGUUCUGUCACAAGACUUGAUGCAUAUGCUUUCCUCACCACAAUGCAUUCAUGAAGAUGAGACAUGGGUUCUCGAUCAACUACCAAAAAGAACGGCCGGUGAACUCCGAGCAUGCGUAGGGAAACCGGCAGAAGGCUGGGGCAUAUACUAUAAAGAAGGAACUGACUACAACAUGAUAGCAUUCGCUGUUUUUCUCUUAGGUAGUCUGCUUUUCGGUAUUUUGUGGGCCGUGCUGAAAAAGGACAUUCAGGGUGCGUUUGGGGUUAGCUCUUAUGUGAUGACGGGAGUUCCCAUCUUGUUGACGUGGAUGGCGACUCGUGCGGAGAACUUCAGGUAG